AUGACUUCUGCCGCCGAGAUUAAGAAGCCACCAGUGGCCCCAAAGCCAAAGUUUGUGAUGGCAAGUAAUAAGCCAGCUCCACCUCCCAUUGCUCCUAAACCUGACAUCAUGGUUUCUAGUGCUCCACAGUCAACAAAGAAAACCAAGCCGGCAAUAGCUCCGAAACCAAAAGUUCUGAAGGAUGUUCCUAUUCAAGAACUCAGGUCAUUAUCAUUGAGGAAAAAUGCUAUGAACCUGGAAGAGAACAAACAGAAAGUACCUGACAAUUCUGAUGACUUUAACUAUAAAAAUGUAGGAGGGCAGAGCAGUGAUUGUAUUUUACAAAUGUGUUCCUGCAGUUCUGGGUGUAUCCAUAAGCUUGAGAAUCGACGGAAUUUGUGUGUAAAGCAGCUUGUUUUCGAGCCCCUGGAAAUGUGUGAAAAUUUAGAAAAUAGUAAAAUUGACGCGUUCUCUUUAACUAUAAAAACUGGGAAUACCUGUGAUUCUCAAGGUGAAAAGGUAAAGAGUCAGAGAGGAGUUGUUUUAAAGGCAAGCAUCCUAGAAAAGAACCUCAAAGAAGUUCUGACACAAGGACCGUCAUCUUUAAGCUCACCACAGAAGCACAGAUCCACAGACAAUCCAGAAAUUAACGGAGGCUCUAAUUCAAACAAGCAGUUCAGAAUUGAAUUAACUGAUUUGUCACCAUCCCCAUCCAACCCUGAGAAAGUUCCUGAUCACCACCACCACCUACAACCUCCAAGUGAUGUAUUUCAAAUUGUUGAAACCUGUCAGGAUAGUCGUUGCUUUCAUUCAUCUAAACAAGAAGCUCUGGAAAAUGACAGAAGGAAUAAUUUUACAUCUUCAGAUGGAGUUAGUAAGGAGGUGGAAGUCAAAGAGCUUGGUCCCUUAGAAAUUCACUUAGUUCCAUAUAACAAAAAAUACCCAACUCCCAAACCCAGGAAAACACACAGUGCUCGUCUGAUACGCCAAAAGUAUAUAGAUGUUCCUAGUGAAAGUACUGAGGAACCUGAGAAUUCAGACAGUAGCUCUUCUUGUAUCAUUGAAGACCAUUUGAAGAACAAUAAAAUCAAUGUUCUUAAUCAGAAUGUUUUGUGCAACCAGGAACAGGUGGACAGAGUGAAACAAGGACAUGAAAGUGAAUUGAAUCUGGACUCUGACUGUGACAGACAAGCCACAGUCAAUUCACAGAAAGCUGUGUGGCCUGAAAUGUCUUCCUCUGAAGAAAUGAUACCUCCUUUAGAUACAGACUCCAAUUUGAGUUCUGGCAGCAAGACAGUAGAGGACUGUAGUAUGCCACCUGCUGUGAACAAUGAGACCCAUUUUAUACGGUGCAGUAUUCAAUCUAUGAGCCUACCUAAACAAGUCAGAUUGAUUUGUAAUGAACAUUUGCCUACUGCCUGUAACCCAGGACUGUUUGCCCCUCAAUUGCAAAAGGAAUCCACAGUAAAAGAUGAAAAUUCUUCACGAAUUGUCCCCAAAAAGCCUCAAAGACACAGUGUGCCUGCUGCAGGGGUGCUUAAAAAGGCUGCCUCAGAGGAACUUGUGGAGAAAAGUUCUUAUCCCUCAAAUGAAGAAAAAAAUUCAGAGAAGACUCUGGAAGGAAAUCACCUUCAGCAUGUAUGGGCUCAACAUCCUGGUAUGUCAUCCUCCUUUGACAUGCCUAAACGGUCUUCAGAAAAGCCAGUGUGGAAAUUACCUCAUCCAAUUUUACCCUUUUCAGGAAACCCAGAAUCCUUAAAGUCUGUGAGGAUGUCCUCAAAUAAUGAGCCCUCAGCUGCCCUAACCAAACCGAGAGCAAAGUCAUUAUCUGCUGUGGAUGUGGAACGAAGAACCAAAUCUUGUAAAGAGUCUCAAAAGAAAAACUCUAUAAAGAAGUUGCUCAACAUGAAAUUGUCUGUCUAUUUCAUGAAGAGUGACUUUCAGAAACUUUGGUCCAAGAGUAGCCAACUUGUAGACACAACCACUGGUAACCUCUGUGGUGAGGAGCGGAAAAAGGUUGAAAGCCACUGGCAUGGCUUGUUGGUAGAAGAAGAAAAGAGAAGUAAGCCCAUUAAGGCACAUUCUGCAGAUAACUACAGUCUAGAAUCCCAAAAGAAGAGGAAGAAGUCUCGGAGCCAUACCAGCAUGGCCAGUGGUCCUAGAGCUGAGUCUUUGGAUGACCAAAUGCUCUCCAGAGAAUCAUCACCUCAGGCCCCCCACAAAUCCGUUUCAAGUGCCUAUGCAUCAGAGUAUGAAAAUAUAGGCCAUUAUGCAGAAAUACCUGAGUAUGAGAACUUGCCAUUUGUCAUGGCUGUUGGGAAAACUCCAGAGUUUGAAUGCCAGAAUUCCAGCAGUGUGGAAGACACCGAUACACAUAUGUACGAGGUAGAAGAGCCUUAUGAAGUUCCUGUGAACCAACCGCAACUGGACCCCAGACUUCAGCAUUGCAGUUCUGGAGCCUCCCAGGAGAGGCACAGUGAUCUGGAGCUGGGUCUGGAUGACCUUCCCUCAGAUGAGGAGGAAGCCAUCAACAGUUCUGAUGAAGAUGACGUCAGCUCUGGUUCUAGUAAAGGAGAACCCGACCCCCUGGAAGACAAACAAGGUGAAAGUACUGGAACGAAGAGUAAAGUUCAUCAUAUUGCCAAAGAGAUCAUGAGUUCAGAGAAAGUGUUUGUCGAUGUGUUAAAACUUUUACAUAUUGAUUUCCGGGAUGCAGUAGCGCACGCUUCCAGGCAACUUGGAAAACCAGUGAUUGAGGACCGAAUUCUGAAUCAGAUCCUGUAUUACCUGCCUCAGCUGUAUGAGCUCAACCGGGAUCUCCUAAAGGAAAUGGAGGAAAGAUUGUUGACCUGGACUGAACAACAAAGAAUUGCUGAUAUAUUUGUAAAGAAGGGACCAUAUUUAAAAAUGUAUUCUACAUACAUCAAAGAAUUUGACAAGAAUAUAGCUUUGCUGGAUGAACAGUGCAAGAAAAACCCAGGUUUUGCUGCUGUUGUUAAAGACUUUGAGAUGAGCCCACGCUGUGCUAAUCUGGCCCUCAAGCACUACCUGCUCAAACCUGUCCAGAGGAUUCCCCAGUACAGGCUGCUGCUGACAGAUUAUUUGAAGAAUCUCUUAGAAGAUUCUAGAGAUUACAGAGACACUCAAGAUGCCCUUGCUGUUGUUAUAGAGGUAGCUAACCAUGCCAAUGACACCAUGAAGCAAGGAGACAAUUUUCAGAAGCUUAUGCAAAUUCAGUACAGCCUAAAUGGACACCAUGAAAUUGUGCAGCCUGGACGGGUCUUUCUGAAAGAAGGAACUUUGAUGAAGCUCUCCCGGAAAGUCAUGCAGCCCCGAAUGUUUUUCCUGUUUAAUGAUACCCUGUUGUACACAACGCCGGUGCAGUCUGGGAUGUUUAAACUAAACAACAUGCUUUCAUUGGCUGGAAUGAAGGUCAGAAAACCCACUCAGGAAGCGUAUCAGAAUGAGCUAAAGAUUGAAAGUGUGGAACGUUCCUUCAUUCUCUCAGCCAGUUCUGCCACAGAAAGGGAUGAAUGGCUAGAAGCGAUUUCCAGGUCAAUAGAAGAGUAUGCCAAGAAACGAAUCACAUUCUGUCCUAGUAGGAGUCUUGAUGAGGCUGACUCAGAAAAUAAAGAGGAAGUUAGUCUCCUUGGAUCAAAGGCUCCCAUCUGGAUUCCUGAUACCAGAGCCACAAUGUGUAUGAUCUGCACAAGUGAAUUCACUCUGACCUGGAGACGACACCACUGCCGCGCCUGCGGAAAGAUCGUUUGUCAAGCUUGUUCAUCAAAUAAGUAUGGUUUAGAUUACUUGAAAAAUCAACCAGCAAGAGUAUGCGAACAUUGUUUCCAAGAACUGCAGAAAUUAGAUCAGCAGCACUCCCCUAAGAUUGGAUGUCCAGGAAAUCACAAAUCUCCUUCCAGUGCCUUAUCAUCAGUCUUACAUAGUAUUCCAUCUGGGAGGAAACAAAAAAAGAUCCCAGCUGCACUCAAAGAAGUCUGCGCAAACACAGAGGAUUCUUCUAUGAGUGGCUACUUGUACAGAUCAAAGGGAAAUAAAAAACCUUGGAAACACUUGUGGUUUGUCAUAAAAAAUAAAGUGCUGUAUACAUAUGCUGCAAGUGAGGAUGUGGCAGCUUUGGAGAGUCAGCCUUUGCUAGGGUUCACUGUCACUCAAGUCAAAGAUGAGAAUUCAGAGUCUAAAGUGUUUCAGUUGCUGCACAAAAACAUGUUAUAUUAUAUAUUCAAAGCAGAAGAUGCUCACUCAGCUCAGAAGUGGAUAGAAGCGUUCCAGGAAGGCACAGUAUUGUAG